AGAAGGCUCAAUGUUUCUCCACAGGGUAACACGAUUAUUUGCUCUUAGUUGUGACUGUUACUGUAUCCAACCAAGACAACUGCCUUUUUUUUACUUACCAGUGGACUACUUGAAUUUUAACUAAAGACUGCAAGAAUACAGGCUGCCUGACUGGGUACUGAAGCCAUGAUUAAAAGAUUUGACGUACAGGGCUUUUGGUUCAAGGCGAAGUGUCACAAGGAAAUGGAGACUAACUUUUCAACAACUUGUAACUUGUCGAAAUUCUCUGGCUUGUUAUUUGGAAAUGCCAAUCCUUAUUGGAAAUGCACCUCUUGAUUUUUAUUAACUCACUUUCACUUUUCAGACUGAAGACAGAUUGAGCACAUGAACAAACCUUCUCCAAUGACAUUGUCUUGUGGAGUUCUAGAUCUCCUUUAACUGGAUGGUAUCCUGAGAAGUUUUAUCUGAAAAUGUUGGAGGAUUAGCAUGAGUGAUGAUGCUAUGCCUCCCCUGUGAUCUCCAGUGAACCGUUUGUCUUGGAAAACCUGACUGAGACGAAAACAGUUGUCGGUCUAUAACCUUGCAGCAAUCAAUAUUCUAUCGGGUAGGUGAAGACAACUUUUUCAUCAGGCCAAUGGACAUGAACUCUAGGUUGUCAGCCCUAGAAUUAAAGGUGUGUUGGGGCCGAGUAGGUUUUAAAUGGUGUUAAUAACCGAGGAAAUUAGUGAAGGUUCAAAGAUUCGGGAGAAUGGAGUUUCCAGAGGCAUCGGACUUGGGGAGAUUCCGUUCAGGACUGCUAAAGUGGCUAUGGAUAUACCGUCAAUGUCCAUCACCACUAUUGACAAAAACGAGGAAGAGAGUGAUGUGUCAGAGGAGGACUAUAACGAGGAGCCUGUAGCGGAUUAUACGCGAAACUAUUGGGAGGAUGACGAUGAUGUCUACCAGGAGUUUGAGGAGUUGGACUUUGAUUCCCUUCCGGAUCACUCAGACACACACAGCGUUGCCUCAGACGAUUCUUUCUAUCCUCCAGACAAUCCAUUUGUGACUGACUUUUGCCGCCCCCCGAGCCCUGACAGUCCCGAGCCCAUUUCAUUCUUUAAGGCAUGUUGCAACAGCAACUCCAUCAUUGUCAAGAUUAUGAUCAGACAAGGAGUGACCGAAGAGGAAGUUAAAGAGACGGAUCAGAACAAAAGAUCUGGUCUGAUUGUUGCGUGCUACCAUGGCUACUUGGAUAUUGUCAUCGCCCUCUCGCAGUGUCCAUAUCUGGACGUUAACUGGCAGGACAACGAGGGCAACACUGCUCUCAUUACUGCAGCACAAGCAGGUUACUGGUACAUCACAAAAUACCUACUCAAUUACUUUCCAGGGAUGGACAUUGAGAGGAGGAACUGUCACGGUUUCACAGCGCUGAUGAAGGCUGCCAUGCAGGGCCGGGCCGAGUGUGUCAGGGCUCUCAUGCUGUCUGGAGGCGAUAUUCAGGCUCGGGACAAUGGCCGCCACUUGACACCCAGGGAGUGGGCUCUCUUCACCGGUCGAUAUGAGACGGCCUAUCUGAUGCAGCGACUGAUGGCAAGGCCCUGUGCUGAGCAGUUCUGUGACUCCUUCUCCCUGGAGUGGCCCAUGUUGGAGGAGCUGGUGGCCAAGGCCGAGGAGCCGAAGUCCUGCAUGAGGCGUUUAGUGGACUUCUUUUCGUGCUGCCCUUAUAGGUUUUACAUAACUAAUAAGGUAGACCCUGUCGAUGAUGGAGUUCUUGAGCACAUGGUCCAGGUCACCACCUGUAUUUGCUCUCCGAUCAUGGCCACAGCUUGCCGCACGGUGUGUCCAGGCAGCCCCCCGUGUCUCGGGAAGCGCCGUCAGGCCGUGCAGGAGAUCCUGCGGAGGCAACGGGUUUCUGAGCUGAAGCGCAUGGGCCCGGAACGACUGAACAACUACAAGAGAUUUUUCCAGAACUCGCGGGUCCUUCUUAUUCCCAAAGUGAUGGAUCGGAGGGCCAGCCUGCAGCCUCUGCUAACUGAAGUGGCCACGGUGGCCAUGAGACGAGCGAGUCUCCUACCUCUGCAUCUGCUGAGGAGGAACAGUGUGCGGCCAGGCAUGGUUGUGCCAAAAGUGAGGCUCUGCAAAGCCCCGUCUGCAAGCUACUUACCAGAAAAACUCAAACGGAGAAGUAACAUCAACCAGCUCCAGAUCCCCAAGUGGAACUACAAGAUGAAGAAAAUAGAGAGGAGGCAGGAGGAGGAGAGGCAAACACUGUUACCUCAGAUAAGGAGGAGAUGAGGGGAUAUGGGAGUUCUGGCGUCUUGUUCGAAAGCCCUGACAAAACUUUACGCAGUUAUAGAAGACUUGAAUGAAGAAAUGACUCCAUUGAUGUGAAUAUAACUGCAAAUGUUCUAUAAUGUUUGCCAUUAUGGGAUUUGUUGCCUUGUUUCUUAUUUAGUUCCAACUAUGUAUUACAUUUUGGUGCUAUGUGGGAGAUACAGGAUUUCAGGGGGAGAAUAAUCCACAUGCAGUAUAGUAUUUGUUAUUUUUGACAGCGUGUUAGGGCCAUUAUAGGCACUAUACAGAGCUGGGGAAGGGGGGUCAAGUGAAAAUGUGGUUGCUUGACAAGAAUCCCAACAAAUUAAGAUUUCUUUUUUUUUAUGUCUGAGUUUUUCUUCCCUCAUCACUGGCUCUGUAGUUUUUUGUAGCUACAAUGUCCCUAAUACGUCGUUAUUGUAGAUGCUGCUAGGGUUCUAACUAGCUAAUACAUCUGGUAAAUUGAGCAAGACGUGACAAAAUUACAAAAGGUUAAGUUUGCUUUAAAGGAAGAGAAGUAAGGAUACAACAAGAAAGAGUAAUGGCAGAUAUUACUAAUGGCAUGUCACUGCAUGGCAGGGCUCUCAUGGACCUCACUCACUUUUGGUAAAAGGUGCUUUCUCUAUUUGGUUUUCCGCUGCCGAUACUACUCCCUCAGUGUAGGCUGGUUGAUUAGCUGUUUUCCUCGGCAACACGCCUUUAGGAAGGAAAGGAAAACCUUCCGAAGAUGUGCAUCUUUCCUGAACCUCCAAUAUUAAAAAGUUAAAUGGGAGUGCUGUCCUAGUAUUCCUUCCUAGGAUUUAGCACCCAGUCUUCAUGGUCUAAUCUAUAGUUGAUCAUGUUGUAUCUUUAUUACUAAAGCCAACUUUUGCUAAUGGAAAAUCAAAAUUAAGCGAGUCCAGUUUAGUAAAUCUGAGCUGUAUCAUGCAGUGAAAAACACGGCUUAAGAGAAGCAAAGGGGUUUUAAGUAGAGAAAGACAAGAAACAGCAACAGGACAAGAUGUCAUGAUAGCUAAAUUAAGGAUAAACAACUCUAGGAUAUAAGUUGUUGAACAAAGUGAACUUUGACGACAAAACAUUUCCCGGAGAGAAGGGGGGAAAUGGGGCUAGAAAAGGCAGGAAGGUGACAACCAGUAGUGGGAUUUUACAGGAUGGAGAGAAGAGCUCCGACACGGCAGAAUGAAGAUUAUUGGCUGGGUGUCACAGCAGAUUGCCACAGGAAGGGAUCACUGAGCCUACGGGAGGAAGCCAAGAAGCCAUUUUGCACUGAUACAUAUACAACAGGUGAGCGGCAUUUGACAGCUGAGCUAAGGAGCCAGCUCACACAGGCUUUGUUACGGCUUUGUGGAGAAGUACGGAGGCACAGCCAAAAAUAAAAAGCUUAGUGCUAGACUAUGACUUAUUGACUUCCAAAAUAAUCACAAGAAAGUCGACUGCUACACUGGUACCGUAGGUAUCUCCUGCUCUGUGAGAAGUGGAGGUCCACUAUUAGUUAUUCAUUAUUGAAUCCAUGUGUAUUUGAAGUCUACAUUCCAAUGUUUUUUACAAAAGUAUAAUAAUGCAAAACAAUGUCAGUAAGUGAAAUAUAUUACAUUUUUGUAUGUUAAUAUCUGUACUUUUUGUUUGGGACUAUUUGCAGAAUAAUCAACUAGGUGUCUAUAGUGACAUUUCGGGGAAAGGUGUCAAUGCAAGAAUUUGUGGCCAAUUUGCCAUUACUGCUGCAUUCAACAAAGAUGACCAAAAUUAAGAAUUCAAAUAUGGCAUACUAGGGAACGUGAGAAAAUAUAUCUCAGAGCCAUAAACCAAUGCAGUAAGUCAGAAAAUUGAGGUGACAUCAGGUAUUAAGGCUGGAGCUAGACAAUGAGGGGGAGAUAGAUUUUGUUUAGGAACAGAAUGUAUAUCCAUUCCUCUGGUGCUCGCAGUUGCAUCCAUAGCAUUUUUCCUAAUUCAUUGUCCAUGGAGACAUAAUAAUGGAUAAUAUGGCAACUUUCGGUUUCGAAUUGAAACUGUUGAAUGGUCGCUGAUUUUCAU